UGGCCGACUUCGCUCUGGAGACUCAAGGAGCCAGUGUGAUCAGCACCAGGUGUUCUGAGACGUAUCGUAUCCGCUCAGCCUGUGUCACUCUGUUUGGUUUCCCUCUCUGGUAUCCAUCAGAGAGCCCACGCACCGUCAUCCAGGGUUCCCCGGUGCUGUUGCCGGGUAAAUGUUGGGCGUUUCACGGUGUGCAGGGCACGCUCCUGAUCUCCCUCUCUCACCCCAUCACCGUGAGUCACGUGACCCUCGACCACCUCCCCCGAUACAACUCUCCCACCGGACGCAUCGACUCCGCCCCCCGAGACCUCCAGGUCUACGGCAUGAGGGAGGAGUCAGAGGAAGGCUCUCUGCUCGGGACCUUCACCUACGAUGAGAACGGAGAAUCUACGCAGACGUUCAAACUGCCCAUCUCCAGUGUUGUCUACAGACUGGUGGAGUUGCGUGUUCUCAGUAAUUGGGGUCACGUUGACUACACGUGUCUUUAUCGUUUCCGUGUUCACGGACAGAUCUCGUCGUGGUGAGACUACACAGCAGGAAGUACAUCUCGGGUGUACCAUGUUUUAAAAAACAAUAAUAAAUGAAGUAUGGAGAGGUGCGUUCAGGACCAAAUGCUACUGAGAAGGUGUCUAGUGUUGCGUUAGAGAGUGUGUUUUAAUGAUCACAGAAAUCAUAGGAAGGAAUUCAAUAAAUGAAGAGUGUACAUAGUGCUUCUAAAAGCCAAAGAUCUACCUGCUGAAACCGUGUGGCAGCAUAUCGUUCUGGAAACAGUAUGCUUGUGAGAGUGCCACAGAAUCAUUUUAUAACGUUUGUUUUUCAUAUUAAUUAUUACUAUGUAUCAGCUAUAGAGAGGUGCAGGGAUGUCGUAUUCCCAUGUUGGUCCCUGAAGGCAGCAUCUCCUGGUCCAAUGGGAUUCCUCCAUGUGAUUUUGGAUUAUUGCAGAAAAUAAUCUCUGUUUCAAACAAACCUUUAUGAUUCUUACACGUUUUGUUUCUGAAGUAAAUUGCUAAUGCUAAAGGCGGCUAAUGUUGAGCUAUAAAGAAACUACAGCACGGUCACAUGACUUCACGUCACCACCGCUAAGCUAAAGGCGGCUAAUGUUGGGCUAUAA